AGAGAGAGAGAGAGAGAGAGAAAGAGAGAGAUAGACAGAGUAUAAAAGAAUGAAAGAGACAGAAACUCGCAAUCUUUCUUUCAUGUGUCUCGUUUUCUCUGAAUAAGUUCUCACUAACACUACACAAAGAGAUUCUCUCCCAUUUAUCCUUAUUUUCUUCCUCUCGUUUGAGAUUCUCUCUUCUUACUUCUGUCUCUCUUUCAAACGUUAACACGAUACUCGGCACCGAGCUACGACCAACUGACGUUGAACUUUCUACCUUUUUCUUCCUCUUCCUAAUAAAAAAGUUCGUGAUUUAUAUGCAUACAUAUAUAUAUAUAUACAUAUAUAUAAAUAUAUAUAAAAAAUUAGAAAGUUUAUAAAACGUGUACAACGAGGAAAUUAGUUCACUAAGAUGGUUUUAUUACGAAGUGAAAACUGUACGAGAAUUCUUUAUACCUAUGGCACCUUUGUGAACAUGUCGAAGUCAGGAAGCAUUAAAGAUGGCGAAAAGGGUCCUUAUGACCCUGUGCCAACCAAUAAUGACGCAGGAGGUGACGAAAUUAAACUUGAAGCAAAAAUGUCACUUCUCAAUGGUGUCACCGUUAUCGUUGGUUCGAUCAUCGGUUCUGGAAUCUUUGUCAGUCCAACCGGUGUUUUAAAACAUACCGGAAGUGUUAAUGCUAGCCUUUUGGUAUGGACCGCUUCAGGACUUUUUUCCAUGGUAGGAGCCUAUUGUUAUGCCGAGUUGGGUUGUAUGAUAAGGAAAUCAGGAGCUGAUUAUGCGUAUAUCAUGGAAACCUUUGGACCUUUUAUGGCCUUUAUAAGACUAUGGAUUGAGUGCAUGAUAGUACGGCCUUGCAGUCAAGCUAUCGUGGCCUUGACAUUUAGCAUUUACGUUUUAAAACCUAUUUUUCCUGAUUGUGCACCACCAGAUGAUGCUGCACGAUUACUUGCUGCCUGGUGUAUAUGUACUCUGACAUUUAUAAAUUGCUGGGACGUUAAAUGGGCAACAAAAGUACAGGACAUUUUCACAUAUGCAAAACUUUUUGCACUUUUUAUUAUAAUCUGUACGGGAGCGUAUCAACUAUUCACUGGACACACGGAAUAUUUCACGUUCGAGAAUACCAAAACGGAGAUUACAUCGAUAGCAUUGAGUUUUUAUUCAGGAUUAUUUGCUUACAACGGUUGGAACUAUUUGAACUUUAUCAUCGAGGAAUUGAAAGAUCCUAUCAGAAAUUUACCGAAAGCCAUUGCGAUCUCUUGUACCUUGGUUACGAUCGUCUAUGUAUUAACCAACAUGGCUUUUUAUACGACCUUGAGCCCCGUUGAAGUUUUAGGUAGCGGUGCCGUUGCUGUUACAUUUGCCAAUCAUCUGUUCGGAAUAAUGGCAUGGAUAAUACCAGUGUUCGUAGCUUUGUCAACAUUUGGCGCAGUAAAUGGAAUUCUAUUGACGUCUUCUCGACUUUUUUAUGCUGGUGCAUGCGAGGGACAAAUGCCGGAAAUACUUACGAUGAUCCAAACCUCGAGAUUGACACCUACGCCAGCUGUUAUUUGUAUGGCUCUCCUGUCGAUGCUUUACUUAUGCUCAUCCGACAUCUUUGCACUGAUCAACUACGUCGGCUUUGCCACUUGGUUAAGCAUUGGCGUCUCUGUUUUAUGCCUUCCUUGGCUAAGAUGGGCUCAACCAAAUUUACCAAGGCCAAUUAAAGUAAAUCUCGCUUUUCCAAUCGUUUACAUCAUCGCCACACUCUUCGUCACGGUAGUUCCCAUGUAUAUUACACCUUUGGAAACAGGUUAUGGUUGUUUAAUGAUAUCAUCAUCGGUACCGGUAUAUUUUGCAUUUAUUGCAUGGAAAAACAAACCUAAAUUUUUCGUCAAGGGUGUUGGCGCCGUUACCAAAACUUUGCAGAAGCUGAUGGUAGUCGUCGGGCCAAAGACUAAUAAGUAGGUACCACAAAGUUCCUGCAGAAGAUAAUGGUGGUCGUCGGGAAGUCUAAACCAGCUCAGGUCUAAUUGCCUCGCUUGCGUUAGAAAAAGAAAGAGGAAAGAAGGAAGAAGAAAAAGAAGACGAAGAAGAAGAAGAAGAAGAAGAAGAAGAAGAAGAAGAAAAAGGUAGAACGAAGAUAGACGGAAAGAAGUAGACAAGAAAAGGGAUUAGGGAUUAAGAGUGUCCUAGGACAAGAGGCAGCCAUAUUGAAGUAGGAUACUGUCAAUCAAAUCCCAAAAUUCUGAUCUUCCUCAUUGUAUCUUCGUCGUCCUCAUUGUAUCUUCUUUUUCUUUUUUUCUCUGUUUCUCUCUCUCUCUCUCUUUUUCUGUCUUUCUCUCUUUCUCUCUCUUUCUUUUUCUCUCAGCAUCCGUAAGAAGAAUUUCGUUAAUAUUUUCCUCGCGAAAUACCAACGAACGUUUUUCUUCUUUUUCUUCUUCUUCUUCUUCUUCGUUCGACAAAAAUCAACAAAUGUCAACGUGCGAAGAGAAAAAAAGUGUUGGCCUAAAAACAAAUAAACAAACAAACAAACAAACAAACAAACAAACAAAGGAAAACGUUCCCGAUCGAUUUUGACGAUAUAUAUGACGAUGUUUACGACGAGUCACGACUAAAAUGACUUGCGUCUUUUCGUCGAUUUGAAUUUACCACUAAAUAUAAUAAUAUGCUAAAUAUAAUGACGACGUCUGUUUGUAGUCGUCGAAACAAAAAAAAAAAAGAAGAAAACAAAAAAAGAACAGAACAGAGAAAAGAAAAACAGAAAAAGGAAACAAAAAAACGAAAGAAUAGUGGCAAAUUCAAUUCGGCGAACGCUUGUUACCGCGUUGACACGCGGUGCCCGGCGCGUGUCAAUGUUGCAUCAUAGUUUUAUGAUAAAUAUUGUAAUUUUACUGCCAUCGAUGUUGAAACGCGAGUUAUUCCUUGUGAAUGAUUGAUUGAUUGAUUGAUUAUUUAAUUAAUUACUUAAUUAAUUAAUUAAUUAAUUGGUUGAUGGAUUAAUUAAUUCAUUUACCGCUUGUAUAUAUAUAUAUAUAUAUAUAUAUAUAUAUAUCCAUAUAAAAGAAAUGUUACAUAAAAUAUGUAUCUCCCGCGCUCGCUGUAUAAUCGGACGAUUUUAUCUCCCCGACAAUUAUCUCCAGUAUUUUAAUGAAAUUUAUUUGUAAUAUUAUUUUAUUAUAGAAAUAUUUUCUUUCCUUCUAUUAUUUCAUAUUUUCUUUUUUUUUUUCGUCCAUAUAAUACUUUCUUCUUCUUCUUCUUCUUCUCUCUUCUCUCUCUCUCUUUUUUUUUUUUUUAAAUUAUUCUUUCCCUGUUCCUAAGAGAAAUCCUAUGAGGGAUUAAUUAGGGUAAUAAUUUUUUUUUUUUUAAUUCGAUCGAUUCCCUUGGGAUACGAUCGAUUACUCGCAAAAAUUAUUCGUACGAUUUCCUUUUUUUUUUUUUUUGCAAAUUCAUGUACAUAAAUAUUACGAAGUUAUAUGUAUAAGUCGACAAUUUGCAGCAUCUUAAUACCAGAUUAUAAUUUUUAAUCUAUUUUAUAUAUAUAUAUAUAUAUAUAUAUAUAUAUAUCUAUUUUUUUUAAUUCUCAAGCAAUAAUUUUAACGAAAUAAUUAUGCUCUUCGAUAUUAUUACAAAUAUCAUUUUAAUCAAAUAUUUCUAUAUUUAUAUAUAUUCUUUGAUUAUGAAAGGUGCUUCGAAAAAAAAGAAAGAAACGGAAAAAGAAUAAGAAUAAUGAAAACAAAUUUUGAACUACGAAGUAUACCGUAGGUUUAUACAUAUAUAUAUAUAAAAAAAGAACAAAAAAAAAAAAAAAAAAAAGGGAAAUUUACGCGUCAAGUGUAUAUGUAUCAUAUAUUUAUUUGUUUCAAAUGCUCAUAUAUUUCUUCCUUGAAAAAUCACUAUUUUAAAUAAUUAUUAAUUAAUCGAAAAAUCUACGAAUGUUUUUGCGACGUUUCUUUUCAAAGAAAGCUCCUUUCUCUCACGAAGCUUUCGGUCUGUCGUGUUUGAGCUUUCCUCGUAAAAUAAAUUCAUGUUUUUAUGUACAUAUAUAUAUAUAUAUAUACAUAUAUAUAUAUAUAUAUAUAAAUGCGCGUGUGUGUGUGUGUGUGUGUGUGUAUGUACGAAAGCUUUGCUCGUUGAAUGCUUCCCGUUGUUCUUGUAAUCUUGUAAUUUGUGAUUUUAUCGAAAGAAUUUCAUUGGAGAAGGAGUUUUUCUUUGUUCACUGAAAAAAAAAAAGAAAAAAAAAAAAGAAAGAAAUAAAAACGAGCGUUUCUCAUCGAUUAGGAUCGCGAACUUUUGUUAGAUCACUUUUAGAUCGAAAAAAACGCGUUUCUCGACGAUAUUACAUAUCCCUAAAUCGAGCCGUUCUAGGACCAAGUAUUUUUUAUUUUUAUCUUUAUUCUUUUUUUUUCUUUUUUUUUUUUUUAAUUU